AUGAAUACCCACCCACGUUUGCCGAGGCGCAAAAGCCGCUACAUUCUCCAGAGGUCCGGGAACCAGGUCAUUCCGAAGUUCAUUCCCGACCCAAUUGGUCCGUGUGACCCUCUUCAGCGGUGGCGGAACUCUCCUCCCGAGGAUGAGCCAGCAUCUAUGUCUGCUAUCGCUGAUGCCAUCCAUAAGUCGGAAGAUGCCGGAGGUCGAAUAUAUAAUGGCAAAGACCGGCCCCCUCAGGGGCCAUAUCCUCAAUUCUGCCACUACCGCCGGCCUAAUUCACUAGCUAGCUCCAAUAGUGGCUCGAGUGCUUCAUCUUGGCCAAGUGUUACAUCAACAAGAUCUGCAACAACACAGGAUCCACUGGCACCUCAAGACCACGUUGGCCAUCGCCGUAUUCACAAGAACAGACAGGAUCAAAAGAAACCAGACGAUGCUAGCAAGCGUAUAUUUUGCUGCACCUUUUGUUGCGACAGAUUCAAGAACAAGUACGAUUGGGUCCAUCAUGAGAAAUCACUCCAUCUGAAUCUGGAUAGUUGGGUGUGCGCACCGCACGGUGUUGCUCCGAUUUCACCCUUGACUGGCAGACGACAAUGUGCCUAUUGCCUUUGCUUGGAACCAUCGGUUGAACAUCUCGACCAGCACAGCUCUCAGCUAUGUUCAGAUGGGACCCGCACGUUUCGUCGAAAAGAUCACCUCGUCCAACAUCUUCGACAGUGCCAUCAGCUCAACACAAUACCGCCGAUUGCAGACUGGAAAACCCCUUCUCCCACUGUGACAUCUCGUUGUGGCUUUUGCAGUCACCGGCUCAUCAAUUGGGAUGAGCGUUCUGAGCAUUUGGCCUCACAUUUUCGUGAAGGUUUGACGAUGAAUGAAUGGCGAGGGGAUCAUGAUCUUCCGGCAUCCAUUGCGUCCAAGAUUACCAAUGCUUUACCCGUGUAUCUGAUUGGGUCAGAAUCUAAAACCAUGGUUCCUUUCUCAGCAACCAAUGCCACCGUGAAAGACCAUUUCGCCCAAAUUUCACGGCGGGCAGACUCUACUAUUGAUGCGACGGUUGACACCCCUAAUGAGGCGUCGUUAGAAUCCUCAUUUCAGCAACUUCAAUCGUACGACACACCUCUGCAUACUUUCACGGAAAUAUUGACUUCUCAUCUGGCUCGGUAUUCCCGGAAGCAAAUGAGCUUGGGUAUCUUGCCUACUGAUGAAAUGUUUCAACAAGAGUCGAGACGACUGCUCUACGACUCCGAGAAUCCUUGGAAUCAGACCAUCGCUGAUAAUCCAGAAUGGAUAUUUAAUUUCAAACGACAAUAUAUUGAGCAAACAGAUAGUGCUGAAUCAACAGGACAAACAGCUCCGCAUGCGAUGGAACCGCCCCACCAUGGUGCAAUGCUCCGCUAG